CCUCAUGACUGAGAGGCUCCCGGCCAACACAUCUGCCCCUUGUGUCUGUCACAGAGUUCUCCUUCCAUCCCCGGCUCCAGCCAGGUCAGACGUUGGGGGGGCCUGCGCCAUGACUUUCCACCCGACUACCCUGCUGGGCCUAGUGCUCUGCCUGGGCCAGGCGAUCCACACACAGGAGGGGAGCUUGCCCAGAAUCUCAGCUGAGCCAAGCCCUGUAAUCUCCCAGGGACAGCCCGUGACCAUCAUAUGCCGAGGCCCUGUGUGGGCUGAGAUAUUUCGCCUGGAGAAGGACGGUACAGCCUCUGCAUUUGACGAUGUUAAUGUUAUGUCCCAACCUGGUGAAUCUGAGACAGAGGCCAGAUUCCCCAUCAACUCAGCCAGUGAAGACGCUACUGGGAGUUAUUGCUGCCUCUAUCACAAGAAGCAAUCCCGCUGGUCCAAGCGCAGUGAAAUCCUGAAACUGGAGGUGACAGGAGCCACACAGAAGCCUUGGAACAAUAAUAACGAUGGCAACAAACCUACUCCCAGUGGCCUAGAGAGAAAGGAUCUCUACGUUCUCAUCGGGGUCUCCGCAGUGUUCCUCUCUUGUCUCUUCCUCCUGGCCCUCCUCCUCCAUCACCAGCAUCAGAAAAAACAGGGGUCCCCCAGCAUCAAGGACACAGAGCAGAAGCUACAGCAGAGGUUCAACCAGGCUGUUGAUAUUCCUGAGAGGAAAGCAGAUGUGGCCACUGCUGAUGGACUUCCUGAGAAGGACGGAGAGGAGGGCAUCCCGACCCCUGUUGCAGGGGACCUCCAGGAGGUGACGUAUGCCCAGCUAGAUCACUGGGCCCUCACACGGAGGCCAGCCCAAGCUGCGCCCCAACAGGUCCUGGAGCCUGUGGCUGAGUUCAGCACAUAUGCAGCCGUUUCCAGAAACUAACCUCAUGCCCACCUGACCCGUGCAACUAAUGACACAAAAAGUCACUCUUGGAAAGCCAACGCAGCCAUUUGGAGGGCUCCCCGUUACAUUCAUUCUGGUCUGGAAAGCUGGCCAGUCAGCUCUCCUAGAGAUAAGAGCUGGAGCCUGGAGGUCUCGAAUCAACAUCCAGAAAAUUUAUUAUCCAAGUGGUUUCUUCCAAAAUUGACCAGAUAACCUGGAGAGAAUGCAUUGUGGCUGUUUCCAGAGCCCCGGCUCCAGUCACUUGGUUAUUUCCAGAGCCUCAGCUCCAGUCACCUGGUUGUUUCCAGAGACUCAGCUCCUGUCACCUAGCUGUUUCCCAAGGCCUAACUCCAGCCACUCAGCUGAUUUCAUGAACAGUGUUGUGGUCUCCUAGCUGGUCCUAGAUGGCUUCUGCAAACCUCCAACUGCCCCCAGAGACUCCAGUGGAAUUAGGUGUUCAACUGACCCUACUGACCUUCCUAGAAUUUAAUUGUUGACCUUAAGGCUGGACUAUACGUUUGCAACUGAGAGCUCAGCCUGGUUUCUCUGGGUCCUGCUUUACAUUGUGCAUCAGUAAGUGGUUUUAAAGCCCUAACAUCUGUCAGCCCUGUGCUGGGCCCUGGGGUGCACAGUCACUUGGACCACAUCUCUGUCUUCACAGUUACUCAAAGCUGAGUAGAGGAAACAAGAGCUACAAAGGAGAUGUCAGCUUUUUUUUACUUUUUUGUGUUUAAUUGACCAAGAUCGUAUAUAUCCAGGCUGUACAAUGUGAUAAUUUGCUAUACACAUUCAUUUGCAAUGAUUGCCACGAUCAAGUUCAUUAACACAUCCAUCAUCACCCACAUGAGAUCUUCUGAACUUGUUCAUCUCAGGACUUGGAGCUGGUGUCAGUGUUUCCUGAUGGAAUGUGUAUGUCAGGGAUGCCUGAGGCAGGGGCUGAGAGGAGGCCUGGCUGGGGGCAGGCAGAGAGAUGACCACUCCUUCCCAUAGCUCCACAUACAUGCAUAUAUGGGAGGACGCACUCACAGGCACACACAUACAUACAUGCACACUAAGGCAAAUGCACACGUGCAUGCACACAGGCAAACACACAUGCAUACACACAUAUGGACAAACACAUUCAUACAGGCAAGCAUACACGCAGGCAUAUACGCACAGGCAAACACACACAUGCAUACACACAGGCCAACACGCAGGUAUACACAUAGGCACACACACAUGCAUACACACACACACACACACACAUGUCCCAGGGGAACCCUGAAUCCAUCCAGUGUUGAACGUGAAGCAUCUGUGUCUUCCUGCUUCAAUCAGACUUGACCGUCCCAGAUUAAAACGGAAAAUUACCCCGCGCACCACUAGGGGGCGAGAGCGUCUCAUUUGUGUUAAUUUGUGUUGGGAAAGUAAACCCGCCCUCCCCUCUCCCGCGCCCCCCGCCAAACUCUCAAGAGAACAGAAAAAACAAGUCUGGUGAGGAGACUCAAAUGGGCACCUCUCCUGGAGAGACCCCACCUGGGCAGAACUGCACAUGUAAAAAAAAAUAUAUACAAAUAUGUUAUUUGUCAAUUAAACAAAUAUCACUCCCCAAACCAAAUAAACAGAAACGAAACCUCGAUGCCUAUUACAAGGCAUGUAUUUUUUAAAUAUAUAUUUUAUUUAUUAUAUUAUACAAACAAAUAUUUAAAAAACAGUCAACAGAAACUUGGCCAUCUCUUUACUAUGGGACGCUAUUUUUCUAUUUUGUUCUCUUCAAACAUUAACACGUCCCGUUCUUGUACAAACCCUGUGAGGACCCCUGCUCUACAGCAUGUCUCAUUCUUUCCCAUCAUCUUUCCUGUAGGAAGGAGGGACUGAGACGACGUGAAGUAGCUUGUCCCAGGUGGGCCAGGUCUCGGGGUGGGGGCACGUUCUGUCCCUGGAAGGUCGAGCUUGCUGCGCUGGGAGGUGUCAGCUCAGACAGGGAGGGUGCUCAGCCCACUUAAAUUCAACUUCGUAUUUGUACCCGAGUUUCAUUUUCCCCAGGGACCUGCUUCCUAACCACACACGCUCUAUUUUUGCUUUCUUCCGUUACAUCAAGACUGAAUUUCUCUGUUUUUCACAGAGGGCACCUUCUGUCUCUCUGCAUCUCUCUCUCUGUCCCUCUGGUUGUUUUUCAGCUACAAUCUCAGUGUAUUUUCCUGCACAAUCUUGUUUGUUUGACACUGACACCGAGGUGGACAGGUGGGUAAAUGGACUCCUUCGCAAAAGGGGAGAGCCUGGUCUUGGUAGAGAGAGGAUUUGCGACCUUUCUACCAUCCAGAUCACAGGAAGGCUGACUGGAUCCCCGUGUCUGCUCCAGCAGGAGGAAGUCCAGUAAGUCCAGGCAGCAGGACUGCAGUGGAAAGAGGGAUAGAUACAGUUUAGGGGAAUUCCACAAAACAGCCCCAUAUUGUUCUUCCUUGGGGGAUUGGUGGGAAGAGGAGGGGGCUUAUGGACAGGGUAAAAAAGCAGAGGAAGGGACUCUUCUUCCCUUGUUGACCCUCCACCUGCCCGAUGCAGUGCUGGACUUGGCGACCAGCGCGGGGACAGUCCUGAGUGGACGGUCCCUCCUGGUCCACGGCCCCCAUGCGCCACCUGGAGGAGGAACCUCGCGUAGCAGCCCUGAGGGUGCUGAGGCCAGGCAGAGAGGGAGGGUCUGCGGUGCUUAGGAUCCCUCCCACCCCACUUCCCUCCCUCCCUCCCUUUUUUUCUUUCUCUC